AUUAUACUUGCGCACCUCGUUUUCCUUUACUUUUCCAAUCAAUCCUCUCUCUCUCUCUCUCUCUCUCUCCUCACGCCUUUUUUACUUUCCCUUUUUCACCCAAACAUAAUCGUCUUUUUCACUCUGAUCUCUCUCAGAUAUCCGCUUGUUUGUCCCCCCCUAAAUCCGUCAUUAUUUGUUUUUAUUUUUAUGUAUAAUAUAUAUAUUCAAGUAUCCGUGCAUGUAUAUUCUGCAGAAUCAUUUCCUUCGAUGAUUGAUGUCCGCCCAUAUUCUUUUGGAUUAGGUUUCCAUUCCAAAAAUUUAGGGCUUGCGUAACUUCUUCGAUCGUUGUCGGUGUUCUAUCGCUUUGUGUUUAAUGGGCUUUUUCGAUCCGCUGGAGUGUUAAUUUGGCAAAUUUUGAUAGAUUUUUUUGGGGGUUUUUGAAUUGUUUGGUAAAAAGAAUAAACAAGCUUUGAUUAGAUAAUGGAUCAUGUUAUUGGUGGAAAGUUUAAGCUGGGGAGGAAGAUUGGCAGUGGGUCUUUUGGAGAGCUUUAUUUAGGUGUUAAUGUACAAACUGGAGAGGAAGUGGCUAUCAAGCUGGAAUCUGUCAAGACGAAGCAUCCUCAACUUCAUUAUGAGUCCAAAAUUUAUACAAUUCUCGUAGGAGGAACGGGAAUUACCAACCUCAAAUGGUUUGGGGUAGAGGGUGAGUACAAUGUCAUGGUCAUUGAUCUUCUAGGGCCAAGCUUGGAAGACCUCUUCAACUACUGCAACAGGAAGUUCACAUUGAAAACAGUAUUAAUGCUUGCAGAUCAAUUGAUUAACAGAGUGGAAUACGUGCAUUCAAGAGGUUUCCUUCACCGUGACAUAAAGCCUGACAACUUUUUAAUGGGCCUAGGGCGCAAAGCAAAUCAGGUAUAUGUCAUUGACUUUGGCCUCGCAAAAAAGUACAGGGAUCUUCAGACUCAUAAGCACAUACCUUACAGAGAAAAUAAAAAUCUCACAGGCACAGCUCGCUAUGCUAGUGUUAACACACACCUUGGAGUGGAACAAAGCAGAAGGGAUGAUCUGGAAUCUCUUGGUUACGUGCUUAUGUAUUUCCUAAGAGGAAGUCUUCCUUGGCAAGGGCUGAAAGCCGGAACAAAAAAGCAGAAAUAUGACAAGAUCAGUGAAAAGAAGAUGUUAACACCGAUAGAGGUACUUUGUAAAUCAUAUCCAUCGGAGUUCAUAUCAUAUUUUCACUAUUGCCGAUCGUUACGAUUUGAAGACAAACCAGAUUACUCGUAUUUGAAGAGGCUUUUCCGCGACUUAUUUAUUCGAGAAGGUUAUCAGUUCGAUUAUGUGUUCGAUUGGACCAUCUUGAAGUAUCCUCAGAUUGGUGCCAGUUCUAGAGGACGGAUUCCCAGCGGGAGUGGAGGCCUAAAUCCUGGACCAUCUGCCGAGAGACCAGAAAGGACCUCAGUAGGGCAUGAAACGGUGGAUUGGACUAAAGACUGCGACCAUGAUGAUGAUGAGGAGGAGGAGGAGGAGGAGCAGGAUGAAGAAGAAGAAGAACCGACCGUUACUCCACAAUUAGAUGCACUUGUCAUGGUAGUUUGCAUUAUGGCGGAACCAGAUUUCUCAUCCCCGUGGAGAAGGGAACAGGAACAUCAGUCUUAUGCUUAUGGGUUAAUCAUGAGUGGGAGAAGAGUGUUAACUACUGCUCAUUCAGUGGAUCACCACACUGUAUUGAAGCUCAUGAAAGACAACUGUCAUACAUUGUAUACAGCUACAAUGCUUGCUAUAGCACCUGAGUGUGGUCUUGCACUUCUUACAGUCAAUGAUGAUGAAUUCUGGAAGGGAGUUAAGCCAAUGGAGUUUGGAGAUAUGCCAUCACCCGGGGAUAAAGCGAUCAUUGCCCUCUCUCGAGAAGAUAGAGAUUAUGUGCCUCUGAUGACUGCUCGUGUGCUGAGAUUGGGCAUGACACGCUAUUUAUUUUGGGGCACCAAACUUCUGGCUUUUCAGCUCGAUGUAGGCUUGAAGGGGGCGAUGUGCAGUGGACCUGCUUUUGAUGAAAGAGGCAAAUGUAUAGGAUUGAAACUUCAGUCCAAAAACAACAAAAGUGAUUUUAUACCUGCGGAAGUUAUUAACCACUUCAUUCAAGACUAUGACAAGAAUGGAGCAUAUACUGGAUUCCCACAACUUGGCAUCAAGUGGCAAAAGAUGGAAAAUCCCGAUUUGCACGUGGUAAUGAAGAUGGAACAUGAUCAACAAGGCGUCCUUAUUACAGAAGUCAAGCCUAACUAUCCAGAAUCUAUGAUUCUGAAACCAUAUGACGUUAUUCUCAGCAUUGAUGGGAUUAACAUUAAUAAUGACGGAACAGUUCCAUUUUUAAGAGGACGGCGGAUAGAAUUCAGUUAUCUUAUGGGUAAAAAAUAUAGUGGUGAUUCUAUUGUUAUUAAAGUGCGCCGAGGUCCAGAGAUACGUGAAUUCAUCAUAGAACUCGCAACACACAAACAAUCCGUCCCAGCCAACAUAAUUGGGAGGCCUCUUCGGUAUUACAUUAUUGGAGGAUUUGUUUUCACCACUCUUUCUUUUCCCUAUUUGCAAGUCGAGGAUUAUUGGAAUGAUGAAAAUGAGACGCCAGACGAAGACAAGCUUUUCUCAAAGAUGUUAUACGAAGAGCCUGUUGUGCUUUGUCAGGUGCUUAAAGAUGAAAUUAAUGCUGGGUAUGAUACAGAGUUUCUAGUGGAGAAUCAGGUUCUCGUCACUUUCAAUAAUAAGUCUGUUGAGGGCCUUGAGAGCUUGGUCAGUAUGGUAGAGACUUGUAAUGAGGAUUUCAUGAAGUUCAGUUUUGGAAACCACAAGAUUCUUGUAUUGCCGACAAUUAUUGCCAGAUCAAGAACUCCGGAUAUCCUUAAAGCACAUUCCGUAAGUUGUGCUAUGUCUGAUGAUCUCAAAGAAUUAGUGAAGUUGAUUCGAGGCAAAGAAAGUCCCGUAGAAAAAUCUGAAAUUUGAAUGGUUUUGUGUGAACUAGGGUUUUUAUUAAAUAUUCGUUUGUCUUUUUCCCUUUUUAAGUUAUUGAGUAGAAAAGGAAUAGCGUUUUGUUGGGUACUCGGAAUCAUUCGAAAGAGGUUUGCUUGGCCUAAUGUGGUUUGCUUUGAUCU